GCAUCAGUCGGAGCGUCCUGACCGAGGAGACGCGCGGUGCGUGACUAACCCGAGCGGGGGGCGCAGGCUCGGCAGAGACAAGGCCGGCAUCACGGGGGCAGUUCCAUGCAACCCUCCCCGGCUCUCCUCUCCGGCCGCAGCCGGGUCACCAAGUCCGAACGCGGGUCUAAGGCACUAAUGGUGUUUACAGAGGGAUUUGACAGCGGGAUCGCUGAGAGCAGGAGCCGGACUUAAACCUCAGGCUCCCCGGGAGCGCCGCCGGAGCUGCCUCAGGUCCGCCCCAGCGCAGCAGCGGGGCACGGCCGUCCGCGCCCAACGCACGCCAGAUGGGGAAGCCAUAGGGAGUUUGUAUCAUGGCAGCAGAUGAGGAUGAACUGGGACUGUUUGAUAUCCACAACAAUGCUGAAGCUUCCCCCUUCAGGGAAGGUGAUGAGAGCUCAGUGGAUAUUUAUGAUGGCUUGGACAGUGGCUCAACAAUUCCUGAUGAUUCUCUUCGAAAUACCACACCAGUUGGAAACAGCUUGAAUUUAUUUGAUGAGAUACUGAUUGAAGAAGGGACUGCAAAGGAAGCAUCCUACAAUGAGUUGCAGACAGAAUAUGGAAAAUGUCAGCAGCAAAUUAAGGAGUUGAUGAAGAAAUUUAAGGAAAUACAGGCACAGAAUGUCAUGCUACAGACUGAAAACCUAUCUCUCAAAAAGAAUAUUUCAACACUUCUCAAAACAGCAAGAGUGGAAAUUCAACGUAAGGAUGAAGAAAUCAGUAAUCUCCAUCAAAGGCUGUCAGAAUUCCCCAGUCGUCGAAGUGGCUUCAGCAGAACAUACCUUCCAGGAUCAACCAAUGGAAGGUGCUCUGAGAUGUGUAAAGCAAAAGAUUCCAGAUCCAGACCUUCAGAUUCGAGUGACAGUAUAAAGGCAGAGCACAGAAUCAAAAAUGACUGUUCCAAAGAUGCAUAUCACAGUUAUUCAUCUCCUAAUACAGACAAUGGAAAGUCUGUCUCUGAAAAAAGAAAUACUCCAUGUGUACCGAGGUACCCUCCUGAAGAGCUCUGCAAUGAUGGUACUCCUACAUGUGUACAGAGUUAUGACCAUAGUUCCAAUAAGGACAACAGGAAGGAGAGAAAAGAAAUUAGAAGUAAUGAACAGUACAGUAAGGAAAAUGUCAACAAAUUCAAAAGAGAAGCACACCAGAGCAGCCGAAACAACGGUGACAGUGAAGAGGGGAAUUCAGAUCUUCAGCAAAAGCUGAAAAGCCUUUCAGAGAAGGCUGGUAGAAAUGAGCCACAACAAAAAAGCCAGGGCAUAAAACUUGAAUGCAGUCCAGGUGUAGAAAGAAGAGCAGAAAGAGGUGUUUCUUCCUGGGAGAAGCAAACUGCUGGUAAAGACAGAUUUCAGCCACGAGGUGAAUUGUGUGCUGAUGAGAGAUCACAAACUGUGUUUAAAAAAGACAUUAAAGCACACGAUAAAGAUGAAAAGAACACUGGCCAGAAAAAUAAACCAAAUGAAAAAGUCCAAGAGCAACCAAGGAGGUUUGGUAGAGGGAGUAGUCCACAUUCAAAGAAGGAACAUUCAAGGAGUCUGCAUGAGUCACGUAAAUGUCAUGCAGAAGAGUCUAGAAAAGGAAAAGACAUGGACUGCAAGAGAGACAGGGGAACAAGUGAUCAUCAUCCUUCUCGAGAAGGAAGGACUUCACCUUCUAAUUCCAGCAGCAGAGAGCAUAAACACAGACACUCGAAGGAAAGCAGUAGUAGAUAUGAAUGGGAAACAGCACAUUCUAAAUUGGAAAGACACAGAACUGAAGAAAAAAGAAAAAGAGACAGAGAGAAUCAGGAUGAAAGCAGACAUUUUAGGAAUGAAAGAAAAGUUGUGAAGGACAUUAAUCACCAGUCUCCAAAAGAAUCCAAGAAAGGUACAGAUGUUACAAAAAGUGGGAGAAACAAGUCCCACAAGCUAGAAGAAACAUCCAGAGUACCAAAUAGCUUAAAAUCCCAUAAAGUUUCCAAAAGUAAAGAUAAUCACGCUGGGACAAAAAGCAAAGACUUAAAGCUUAGCUUUAUGGAGAAGCUAAAUUUGACUCUUUCUCCUGCUAAGAAACAAUGUGUCUCUUCAACAAAUGGACUCCAAACACUUUCUCAAAAGGCCACUGAUGAGGGAAAUACAGAGCUCACGCUGCAGGCAGAGCUGUUAGAUUCUGCCCUCCCUGUUGACUCUGGUCCCACAGAGCAAACUUGUUCAACACUACAGCUUCCGGACAGCGCAGCUCCAAGCGACGUGGAACCAGCACUACCUGUUUCUGGCAGUUCUGAAAAUGAAGCCUUGGACGUAACCCCAGCAGAUCCAGCACAAUCUGAAGCAUUACCAGUAGUGGUAAAUGGUGAACUGAGCUCAGAAACCUUACAAGAAGCAGAAGUGAGUCAGGUACAGCCCCAAGCCUUGCCAGGAACAGCAGAGGUACCGGUUCCUGAUGAGAUGCAGACUGAGACAUUGUCAGAAGCAGCAGAGUCUUGUGAUCUGGUUGCAUCAGAAGCCUCAGCAGCAGCAAUGGCAGUGCUGGAUCUGAAUCAUCCUGAAUCUUUGCCCCUGGAGGUGGCAGGAAGUGUGUCAGAGUGUGAAAACUUGCCUGUGGCAGCGGGUAUGAUGCAAGAUGACAAUGUACCAGUGGCACAGUCUGAACCUGCUGGUGAGGGUAUGGAAGUCCUUCCAGAGCCAACAGCAGAGAAGAAAGAGGAAGAUAAAAUAUGUCUAUCUGCUGACAUGCAAUGCUCAACAGACCAAUGUGGCCCUCAAAACCUUGUCUUAGAUGACUCGGAAGUGAAAAGUUGUGGUGACAUGGAGUCCUGUGACAUUGCAGAUGACAUUGGUGAAACAAAACCAGACUCUUUAAUGGAAGUAGUGAAGGGUGAUGAUCACUUGGCUGCAGAAAAGCUUGAGUGUUCCACUGAGGAAAAGACUGUCUGUGAAAUUAAUAUGAGUACAUCUCAGUCACUUGACAGAACUAUGUUAAGUGAUAAGGCUGAGCCAUUAGUUGACCAGAAUGCUUGUGAUCUGGACCCAGACCCAACUGAAAUCAGUACUGCGGCAUCUUUUAGUGGUGAGAUGUAUCCUAGAACUAAGGAGAGAGAAGGUAACCCAAUUCCUCUUGAUGAUGACAGCUCAAUACUGAGCAUUGAUCUCAAUAACUUGAGGUAUAUUCCGAAGGCAAUCAGCCCACUGAACAGUCCAAUACGCCCUUUGGCUAAAGCACUUAAGAUGGAAAGUCCCUGCAAAGGUCUUGUGAAGAGUUACAACAAAGAUUUAAUUCCUGAAAGCACGGUCAUGGUCUGCCCCUCAAAGAGUUUAUCAAAGGAAGUAAACAAAGAGAACCAAAAGCCAGUUAGCAUGUCUGAUGAGCACUUAGAGUCCCAGCUGAGCAUCUCUUCAGAUGAAAUAGAAGAAGGAGAAAUCAUAAGUAGCGAUGAAGACGAUAAGACACCUAAACCAGAAAGAGGUUCUGAAAAGACAAAAAAGCCAAGACCAAAAGCUUCUCCCGAGACACGAAAUUUGACCAGGAGCCCGCAGAAUCAAAAGAGCAAAAGCGUGCGUUGCAACAAGGACGGUGGAAAACUUGCUUCUGUGAAAUUAAGUACGAAGAAGAAUGGAGAGAGGCACAAAAGUCAGCCUUUCAGAUCUUCAAAGGAUGUGAGGAAAAAUAAAACUGUGAGUGUUGCUUGUCUUGAAAAAAUAGUUCACGUUGUCGUGGAACCUUCAAACGUACAAGAGAUCAUGCAGAUGCUAAGAGCCAUACGGAAACAGAUGAGGAAAAAUUACAUGAAGUUCAAGGUGCACUUCCCGGUUCAGCAUUUUCACAGAAUCAUUGAGUCUCUUAUCGUCCAUUUUACAUCAUUAAUAAAAUACUUGAACUUUUCCAAGAUGUCCACGUUAGGUGAGACGUUGAAGUUGCAUAUCUGUGACACUGUGGAGUCCAAACUGAAGCAGGUUAAAAAGAACGCCAUAGUGGAGCGUCUUUUUGAACAGCAAGUGUCAGACAUGAAGAAACAGCUGUGGAAGUUUGUGGAGGAGCAGCUUGAUUACUUGUUUGAGAAGAUAAAAAGGAUUAUAAUAAAGCUAGCUGAUGUGAGAAAGGAGAGUGAGGAAGGGAAGUUUGAGAGUGCAGAGAAGCAACAACAGCACAGGUUCGGUCAUAAAAAUGAUGUGCAAAGAUCUAGAAGAAAGUCCCUGAAGGCCAGGUUUCAGAAGCCUGAAGGAUAUCUCCUUUCGAAGCAAACUGUGGAGCAUCAACGGCCAAAAUUUCACCGUGAGAAAAAUAAAACAGAUGCACCAAAACCUGCCUUUACCAAGUGUCUCAACUCCAUUGAUAACACCAGGAACUCCCAAAGUGAAGUGCACCUCUCAAAAGAGAGUAAUUUGCAAAGCACUCUCACUCCAUUGAAGGGUGGAAAAUAUGAGAAGGAAGGAUUCCAACUAUCUAACAAGUCUGAUCCUAGCUACGAGCUUCUCACAGAACAACAGGCAUCCAGUCUUACAUUUAAUCUUGUGAGUGAUGCUCAAAUGGGGGAAAUUUUCAAAAGCUUAUUGCAAGGUUCUGAUCUGGUGGAAAAAAACGGCGGCAGCGUCGACAGGAACGAGUGGGAAUUCAGGACUCCAGAAAAACAGUUUUUAGACAGUCAUAAAUGCAAAGGUAACGCUGCUGGGUUGGUGCAAGAGAUUGCUCCAAAGGAGGCUUGUGUGGAAUCUCGAGGGGUAGAGGAUAUCAGCUGGCCUAUUGUUUCGCCUGUAAGGGCUCCCUCCUUGGCGUCUCGGCUUCAGAUGUCGGUUGAUCCAGCUGUACUAGAUGAAAGCUGUAUGUUUGAGGUUCCCACGAACGCAGCUCCGUGCAAAGAAGACGAGUGCAGUUUACAGAGGAAUAAAUCGUUUGUUCCUUCUGUCCUACUUGAAGAUUUGGCUGUUUCCUUAACCAUUCCAUCACCUUUGAAAUCGGAUGCUCACCUCAGCUUCCUAAAACCUGAGAACAGUUCCAGCUCAGCCCCCGAGGGCGUUCUCAGUGCUCAUUACAGCGAAGACGCCCUUCUGGAAGAGGAGGAUGCCACUGAACAAGACAUCCAUUUGGCUUUAGAGUCUGAUAACUCGAGCAGUAAAUCAAGUUGUUCUUCUUCGUGGCCAAGCCGGCCCGUUGCUCCUGGCUUUCAGUGUCGCCCCAGCCUGCCAAUGCAAGCAGUGAUCAUGGAGAAAUCCAACGAUCAUUUCAUCGUGAAGAUCAGGCGUGCGCUGCCGUCGGCCUCGCCAGCGUCUGAUCAGGUGCCGUUGCUGAAGGAGGCACGGGCAUCCUCAACCAAGGCUGAAAAAGGAGAAGUGAGAAGUGGGGAAAAGGAAAGGGAUGGUCAGAGGGCCAGAGCAGGCACCGUGCAAGAAACUCUCAAACCGGAUGUGGUUAAGACAGAUCAGUUGCCUCAUGUCAGCGCGGGACAAGAACAAAAUCCUGCCUUACCUCAGCCUCCAAAGGACUCCCAUAACAGUGUUGGAAAGGAAGAAACUGCUGGGUUGCUUGGACCCCGUGGAAAAUCUUCAAACACAGGGAGUUGUGACCCUGAAGGCCCAGAUAAAGGCUCUGAGGAGUCUCAAGCACACAAACUGAAAGCAUCUGAAAACAUAAAUGAAAAGGGUGUUAAAUCUCAAGCUUCUUUUCCUGCUGGAUGCAAUAUAGAGUCAUACACGCACUUAACAGGUGACAUUGUUAGUGAGACUUCAUGUCAUGCAGUGGAAUCAACUGCAGAGAACAGGACUCAGGAAGCUUCUCCAGGAAGCUCAGAAUUGGGUGAUAGAAAGGAAGAGCUGGAAGAGUGCUGUGACGCAUUUAGAGCCUUAACAGAAAACCUUUCCGAUGAGAUGGUGGCAGGUGAAUGUAAUCUUGAAACAAAACCCGCUUCAAAUACUGAUGCAGGAUGCCAGAUGACUAUAGAGGACAGAACUAGUAAAAAAAGGAAAAGGGAGACUGUCAGAGAGAAUUCAGACUCAAAAAGGCAACGAAAAGAAACGGAAUCAUCAGGUGAAGGGAGCGAUGCAAGUGAUGUGAAGUGUGAAGAGGUGAAUUUAACACCCAAAAAAUGUUCCAGUAAGAAGAAUGAGUUGCAACAGAACAAAGACUCUUCUCCUUUGACUUCAUCUGCAUCAUCACCUAGUCUGUAUGCCAAAAACAUCAUUAAAAAGAAGGGAGAAGUAGUAGUGUCCUGGACGAGAAAUGAUGACCGAGAAAUUCUGCUGGAAUGUCAGAGAAAAGGACCAUCAAGCAAAACCUUUGUUUCCUUAGCCUUUAGGCUGAACAAAAGCCCUAAUCAGGUUGCAGAAAGAUUCAAGCAGUUAAUGAAGCUGUUCAAGAAAUCCAAGUGCAAGUAAACUUACCUGCGAGUUGCUUCAUGGCUACAGGGUUUAGCCAUUACCAGCAACAGUGGACUACAAGCGCUGCAUUCAGAUGAUGGGAUUAGUGGGAGAUAUCAAACUACUAGAUAUGGUAAAUCUGACACACUGUUAAUGACUUACAUUCCUGGCCAUGUUUCCUCUGCAGUGCUUUAGCAGAAUAACAGAGAGGGAGCUUUACAACCAAACUGGGAACACACAAAUGGAGCAGCAGCCUUUUAAGGGGGUGAAAUCUGUUGGUUAAACGUGUUCUGUAAGCAAAGACCAGGGCGUGCAGUCAAGUGGAAACAGUGGCUCUCCCUUAACUUGUCAGAAGCACUGCAGGUUGUGAUGUGCAGCCACAUCACAGUAAGAGUGCCUUGUACAGUGCCUACCACACAAAAACUACCAUUUAAAAAAGUAAGAGAGCUCUACUCUGUUCCUGUGUGCCCAGUUUGUUUGUAAAGUUCCCUCUAUGUUAUUCUGCCAAAGCACUUCAGAGUCCAGCUGGUAGUUAACCCUGGGAAAUGACAGGUGCUUCAUCUUGGUUACCUUGAAACAUUGUUUUAAGCAGUCAGGCCUUUUUCUUUUCAAAUAAAGCAGAGCAGUGAUGGCAGUGUUUCCAAAAACUGCUUAUCUAGCAAUUGGAUUCUGUUGGUAAGGAAUAAGUGGCUCUUGGUUCAGUUGCUCCUUAGUGGAUUUCACAAAGAGAAUCUAGCACUGAGUGCACGUCUUUGACUUUAAGCACAUCACCUAAGCCAUUUCUUAAUGACUUCAGUGUUCAACAGAGAUGAAUGAAUGUCUCUUUGAGGGUUCCCACCUGUCUUCAUUGACAAUGGAGAAAAUCUAAGCUGAUUGUCUAGACUAGACUCCUAACUUUCUGGUUCUUGAAGAGAAAUAAACUGAGUCCCAUCCUCUGUGGGAGAGUGAAGCCAGUCAUCAACGCAGUGACCAGUCUUUCUUUUACACUGUCAGAUGCUGUCAUGAGUAUUCAUUUACAAACAACUGUCCUGUAAUUGCAAACAUUUCACAAUUAUGAUGAUAGUUAAAAUGACUUAGUUUUGAAUUUUGAAUAGUAGUUGGGGUUUGGGGUUUUUUUCCCCCUGAGAAAUGCUCUGGAAUGUUCUCACUUUUUUUUUCUUCAGAAAGGACUAACAUGCUUUUCUGUUUCAAACCACAUCUGAGCAAGGUCCUUCUUUAGGUCUUGCACAUAAUGAACAUUCUGUUUUGUUUAAAAAAGGAAAAGCAGUAAAUUGACAAGUGACUUUUCAAAUGAAUUGGGAAACAGACCUGUUACAGUUUUAGAAAAUGUGGCUUCCUAAAUGCUAACCAGGAGAAAAACUUCCCUGUAAAAAAACAAGCAGUUUCAAAAGCUUGUCAACUUGGCAUGUUUUGACAGCAAUUGUAUCUAUCUUUACAAAUUGUUUAGUACAUUAGAAAUUCAUUAUGUUCUAUUUUAAAGAACUCUUCUAACUGCUUCCAGUUUUAGCAGUACAUACUAGAAGUGUCCAUGUAUGUAUGUGUACACAUACACACUUGCUAGGGGUUUUUUUUCCUUCCUCCUGAAAAACAUUCCUGGAAGUUGCACAGGGUUUUUUUUGUAUUUAGAAUUCAUUGAGGAUUGAAGUUUUAUUCUUUACUGAGGGCCAGAACUGCUGUAGGCUUUAUUCAGUCAGAACAUGUGCUGAGUUUAGUUGGCCUUUAAAAGCCCAACCUAAGUGCAUUGCCUUUCAACUUGGAUUAAAUGGGAGUGUUUUUGCAGAAUCCAGUGACCAGCUCUUCUGUUUCAUUGUAAUGGCUUUUUACUCCCUCUCCAGCUAAUGGGACACACUUUCCAUCCUCACAAACCAGCAGAUAAUUUGUCAGGGAUGGCACCUUGGGAGUGUUGUAGAUGUGACCUGGGGAGUGCAUGCCAAACAGUGCAUCAUCCUUGUUUUAGGCAGUGCUCUGGAAACUAUUACAAGCAAGACUUGAGUAGGUGAUGAUGCCAGUUCUGGCAGUCUUCCAGCUGAUGUGCUUGUUUCUAAAAGGUUUGCUUUUGCUGCUCAAGUGUCAGGUUGUGUGUGCUACGCCAGCGCCUGCUGAGGGGACGCCUCGAACAAACGUUUGUGAUGGUUGUUUUCUGAUGGGAGAUUUAAACCUAUCUGAACCUGGUCUCAGAAUAGACAGCUUGCAGAAUACUUGUGGAAAAAAAACCCAGACUCUACUAAGAGUGUUCUUCUAACCAUAUGCUUAGAGAUCAAUGUGUGCAGUACUGAGGGCACUGAGGGAAGUAGCUUCUCUCAGCUUAAGUGCUUCCUCUCUGUCUCUAAAAGCAGGCAGUAUUUUGUUACAAAGUUGUUGUUUUAUUCUUUGCCUGCAUUUAUUUACUUUCUUACCUGUACAGGUGAUGGGGGGAGGGGGAAGGGUUUGACUUUUUUAUUGAUUGAUUCCUUUUGUGUAAAUAACCUCCCUUUCUUGUAAGUACGUGUACAGCUUCCUAUGUGGUCAUGUAAAAUAUCUGAUCUGUGUAUAUAUAUAAAUAUAUGUAUAAAAAUAGAGCUUUGUUUAGCCAAAGAUGAUUUUUCUAACUAUAUAUAUAUAUAAGACUCCAGAUUUAUUUUGUAUAAACUGAACAGUUUGCUUACUAUAAGGCAGCAAAUAAAACUGUAACAUUCACAGAGAUGUCGUUGUUGAACAAAAGGGUGGCUUGGAGUGCUUUUGUACCAUUGUUUCUAAUGUAUUUCUCCAGCAAGAGUUUUUAUACAUAUAUGCAAAAUGUACUGUAUGUAAAUCUACAGUCUCAGUUGUGAAACCUCAGGUAAAUGAAAACAUUUCCUAGAACUGGUGGCUAAUGGCUUGACAACUCCACGUGCUGUGAGACAGCAUUCAAAUUGACUUCUGUUAGUCUGUAGAAAUGAGUAGCUAUGUUGAUGUUCUGGGCAAUAAAAAUAAACAUGGAAGGAAUCAGCUGCUGCUCUGAUGCAA